AUGGAAAGUUGGGGCAGUAAUGCCCCGGAAGUUACUAAAUUUGCUAAUUUAAAAGCUUUUGUGACUGCUGCUCGUGAAUUUGAGUCUACGCAUAGUGAGUCUGCAAUAAAUUUAAUGACGAGGUAUUUAGGUCUAAUAGCAUCAUCAUGUGAUCUCUCAAUAUUCUCUCCUGGUCGAUCAGAGGUGUGUGCUUUCUUUAGUUCUCUAUGGCGAGUAAUGUGCGACUGUAGAGGACCACAUUGGGCUGGAGUGGCUGUUCUAGCGCGGGCUGCAAUUGAACCUAAUGCUAGAUAUGCUCUUACUCAUACUUACAAAUUCAUGCCCAUCCUUGCUCGACUUUUAUCCAGUGCUAUUUCAAAUGAGAAGAAAAUAAAACUGCUAUCAGUUAUGCAGGAUAUUUCUUAUGGCAUCAAGAUCAGUUGGCAAGAAUCUUAUCUAUCUGAACUCAUGAAGCAGCUCACGGAUUGGAUAGUACAGCCUAUGUCAGAGCCACAAUACCGCACUAUUGGGCAUAAAUCUUUAACUGUCCUUGUCAAUUUAUGCUAUGGAAAUCUUCCAGCUAUUUAUGCACUUAUGAGGACUGUAGAUACAAAAGAAUUUGUUGUCCAUCUAAUAAAUUUGAAGGACAGUGGUUAUGGAGGGGUGGCAAUGUGCAGACUAUUGGUUUGUCUCUCGGGAGCGACGCGUGGCUCCGCAUCUACAAGGCAAACGGACGUGCACGACUACCUGAGUUGUACCAUGAUCACUUUCAGGAAAGCUAUUGUUGAAAGAGAUGCAACGCAGUUACUUCACGCAUACACAUUCAUCAAUGACCUAUGUGCAGACAAUAAUUUACAAAACUAUGUAUUGACAUAUCCUAACUUUACAUCUUCCCUGGGUGAAUCUCUGAAGGACACAGACAACCUAUGUAUUGCUGCUGCCGAUGAUAGGAGUGAACCAGAGAAUACACUUAGUUGUCUUCAAAGCACUUUAAAGUUCCUUACGGUUUUAGUUAAUUUGGAUUCAUAUUCACUAAGAUGUCACCAUUAUCAGUUGAUCUGUCUGUGUAUGAAGGCAAGUAGAAUUUGCUUGCCCGAGUCCCUUGAGCUGUUCGCUGCAAUAGUGUCACAAUAUAGAGAUGAAGGUCGCCUGCCACAGGAGCUGAUAUCGGUGAUUAGCAACGGUUUGCCAGGUCUACUCGUGCCUCCAGCGUUAGAGCCGGGAAAAGCGGGCUUACAAUGGCUACAAGUGCUUGGAGCUUUGUGCGAAUCAAGUGAGACACAGGAAUGUGUAAUGAAAGAAGUGAGCCCAGAUUCCUUCGAAGACACAUUAUAUAGUGUACUACAAUACACAUCGCAGAAUGGUCCACCGGGUGCCGACGUGGCUCAACAAGCGGUUAUAGUUGGCUGUCGUACCGUCCUCACUCUGACCCCGCUGUCCAGGGAAUGGGAAGCAGCGCUGAAUAGGCUACUGGCUCAUCAUCAAGUUCGUAAAUUAUUGUGCGCCGGCUUGAUAAGUAACAAUGGAGCGAGAAGAAAGCAAGUGCUACAACUCGUGAAACACCAUUACUUCCCAUCAGAUCAAAUGAAUCAGGUUUUCGGUGAGAGUCUACACAACGUGUCAGAUAUAAGCGCGGAGAACAUAUCGCCGCGCAAUGAAACCGACAGUGAAGUGUCAUGGGCCGCUCAGAGACUCACGCCGGCCCAAGAGCAUGCAAUCGACGCUCUCAUAACAAAACUGAACGAUGCACUGCAUAGCGAUAAGAUAUCGGAUAUAGCGACGUCCAGCGUCAUGGAGUUAUAUGGAUAUAAAAUGACCUGUCUGGAACAGAGACUCCAUUCCCAUUCUGUUGCUUUACAAGGUGCAACGGAUCACAUGGCUUCGCUACAGCAUGCGUUAGCCUUAUUGCAAGCAACAAAUUCUUCACAACAAGAUGUAUUGUACACCACGCAAAUGCAGAAUGAAAAACAUAAAAAAACAAUAGAUGAACUUCAUAAGCAGUUAGAAGAUGCUGAGAUCACACUGAGAAGCUUCCGUCUCAAACUGGCUGCUGAGAAACUUGACAAGGAGAAUCAGAAGGAGUGCUUGAGAAAAGAAUUCAAAAUAGAAAUUAAUAACAUGGAGACUGAAUUGAAACGUCGCGAAAAAGAGGCGGAAGAAAGACUAAAACAAACAGAAGUUGAGUACAAAAAUCUACAAAAGAAGUUGGAACUACAGACUAACAAAAACAACGAGCUAGCUGGCGUUUUAAUUAAAUUCGAGGAGCGAGUGAAGCAACGCGACAAGAAGUUGGAGGAAGCGGCAGCGUCUGAUAGCGCUUUGAGAAGAGAGCUGGAGCAAAAGGACAAUAUGAUAAAACAGCUAGAGAAGACGGUGGUAGAGCGUGAGAACAGACUGUAUCAAGUAACAACACAAUUGGAGGAAAUGAAGAGGGUUCAGGAGAUGGUCGCGAAACUCAUGACCAAGAGUGCUUCGACUACUGCCAGCUAG